AUGCUUGAGUCACCCGCAACUGUGGCCUCUGCAACUCAGAGGUUAGUUCCUGGGAGGCAAACCAUAGAAGAUGCUUACUCACCACCAGCGAAUUUCCUAGAGAUUGACGUAUGCGAUCCUCUUACUCACGGUUAUGGUAAAAAUCGCUUCACAGAUUAUGAAGUUAAACUAAGGACAAAUUUACCUAUUUUUGCUCACAAAGAGUCGUCAGUUCGUCGAAGGUACAGUGAUUUCCAAUGGCUUCGUGACGAGUUGGACCGGGAAAGCAAGAUUGUUGUUCCUCGAUUACCCAGUAAAGCAUGGAAACGCCAGUUACCUUUUCGGGGUGAUGAAGGCAUAUUCGACGAGGAAUUCAUCGAGGAGCGACGAAAAGGACUAGAGGAGUUUAUUAACAGGGUGGCUGGACAUCCAUUAGCUCAGAAUGAAAAGUGUUUACAUAUGUUUCUACAAGAAAAAUCCAUCGAUCGUAAUUGUAGACUUGGAAAAUUGCGUAACAUUUGA